UUUACUUGAGUGACAAAAAUGACAAUAUUGUUAACAUUUUGAAGAAUUAUUCGAUAGGACGAAUAGUUUCCAACAAAAGAGAAUGAUGAGUUGUUGUAAUUUUUGUUCAAAAAGCUGUGAUGACAUUAGAAAUUUUCACGAAUCCAAUAUUCUUAUUUGUGAUAAUAGUCCUGUGAAAUGCUGUGAUUUGAUUCAUAUUUUUAACGGAGACAUAGUGAAGUUAAUUUUAGGAGAUAAAUUUAGAAGGAUAUGCGGUAAUUGUUUAGCAAAGAUACAAGCUAUUUAUGAAUUUGUUCAGCAGAUAAAGCUGGCUGACAAACAACUUAAUGCAGUACAAGUUACCCAGGAUCUUCGUUCACAAAUGGGGGCAUAUGUAGAAGUAGAAGUUUUGAGCCCACUGGGGUCGAAUCUCAAGAAAAUAUUACCUAAAAUUAAUUUAGAUACUGAAAUUGUGAAAGAAACUGUUUUAAAAAAUCGAAACAGUCGUAUGUACAAAUGUUCUGAAUGCAGCAAAUCAUUCACCAGAUUUAAAGCUUUAAAGGAGCAUGAGCAAAGACAUGCAUUUAAUAAUGAUUGCGCAGAUGUUACGGUAUGUUACGUUUGCCAAUACUGCCAUUUAACAUAUAAAAGUCAAGCCUCAUUGGAUAAACAUGUAGGCCGGCAGCAUAAUAAUCGAAAACUUCAGUGUUACAGUUGUCGUCGUUUUUAUAUAUCGAAAGGUUAUUUACUGCAGCAUUGUAAGAGAGUCCAUCAACGGUCUACUUUCAAUUAUUACUGUGGGGAAUGUCCAGAGACAGUUGUGUUCCAAACACGUGAGAUAGCUAAAAAUCACUUUUUACAAAAUCAUGUCACGCAAAUAAUAAACACAGAAUCAGUUCUAGCUGAUGAUAAUAUGGAUUUAGAAAUGCACGAGGAGUUCUUAGAUGAGUUUUUAAUGUCACACACAAAUGAAAAUUCUUUCCAAUUUUCUGAAUGUUGGGAACAUUUAGAUCUUAAUUUACCCGAUAUGCUGCAACCAAAUCCUUUGCAAACACUUCUAAAGAAUGAGGGAACUUGUGAAGCAUUUCCUUGCCCUCAGUGCGCGGAACAAUAUAAGCAACCGCAAUCCUUACUGAAGCACUUAAAUGAGAAGCAUAACUUUCAACUAGUUUUUUGUAAAAAUUGCUGUACAACGUUUGCAACUCUAAACGAAUUUACAUUACAUCUAAACUCUGGAAAAUGCGCAAUGGUAACGACAAAGGCAUUGUUAUCCUGCCCGUACUGUAGUAAAUUUUUCCAAACUUUAACACAACUGAAACAGCAUUUACGUAUAGUUCAUACACAAAAAAAACGCCAUAUUUGCCAGUUAUGCGAUAAACAAUACGCAACGGUGGAUCAUUUGAAGAAACAUGUUUUAAGUCAGCAUCAAAAUGAGCGUAGACAUAUCUGUCACGUAUGUGCUAAACGUUUUACACAAAUGGGUCAUUUACGCCAGCACUUGGCCAUACAUACCACCGGAAAAACCGUGCAAUGUGCCGACUGUUCUCAAAAAUUUUGGCGUAAAAUUGAUUUGAAAAAGCAUAGGCAAAAGAAACACAAUGCAGGAGAAGACACUUAGUUUUUACGUAGUUUUAUUCCCUAUUUUCUGUUAAGUAUCUCCAGUUGAUAUCUAGCUUAUCAUUUUUAUUACGUAUCCUCUGUUAAAUAUCUCUGGAAACAUAAUAUAAAUAUAAAUCGGCUUAAAAUCGGCUUAAAUUAGUCGAGUUUCUUGUCUUCAAAAAAAGAAAAAUCGUAUGUUAAAAUCCCUGUUACGAUCACAGAGCCUUUCCGAAUUCAAGUACGAAUUUUUUUUUUUUUUUGAUUGAAUUCGAUAGGUGGUACUUAUAAAUUUGGCUAACUGAUGCACACAUAGGUAAUUCCAUUUUGACUUGGCCAAACAUUGAAAAUUGAAAUAAUAUCCUUGAAUUAAUAUUAGUUAUUAUAGAAUUUUUCUGUUACAUUGUGAACUAAGCUUAUUGGAUUGGGUACCAGUCACAUGUAUUAUACAUCAUAAGCGGUCCACAAAACUUUAUUUAGUUCUUUGGUUAUGACAUUGCAUGCUUUCGCUCAGGAAGCUUAUUAUAC